ACGGUUUUUGUUUUGUUUUCGCUUCAGCACUUAUGCACAUUUAAAAUAGUAAAAUGCAUAAGGCCUACAAUGUGCAGUCAAUACUUAAGCAGGGAGUACAAAUUGAAGCCAUUGCAGCAUAUGGUAAUCAUGUCAUUCUGGGCACCCGGAGCGGACAGCUCAUCAUGUACUCGGUGGACAGUCAGACAGACGUCGAUAUGCGAAUGUUCAACAAGAAUUUCAGCAAGAAACCUAUUGCCCAAAUGGAGGUAGUCUCAGAGGAGAACUUGCUGUUCGUGCUGACUGACAAUAUGAUUCAUGUGUGUGAUAUAAGCCGGAUCGAAAAUAAUUUCGAAUUCAUGCACAGCUCGGCGGAGACAAAGGGUUGCACACUGUUCACCAUGGAUGUGGACACACCCAAAUCGACGACAGGCGAAGUGGCCACAUUCAUCAGAAUCGCCUGUGCUAUUCGGCGUCGAUUAGUGUUCUUCUUUUGGAAAACGGACAAGCUCGUUUCCCUGAAGCUGUGCAUCGAUCUGCUUGAUGUGCCACGGGCCAUGUGCUGGGUUAACCAGCUCGUGUGCGUUGGCUACAAGGAUGAAUACGUUCUAUACGAUAUAUCCGCCAAUACACCGAAAAUGCACAAGCUCAUACUUACGUCCUCCACAAUUAAUCAAGAACCCAACAUUUGCCUGAUACGAAACUCCAUGCUUGGCAUAUCUAAGGACAGCUACCUAGUGCUCAUUGAUCUUAGUCAGUAUAAGUCUAAAGAUGGUAAUACUGAAGGCGGAAUGAACAACAAGUCUCCUUUGACGCCGUGGCCAAGUCCGCUCUUGGGCUUAGUUUGGGAUGAGCCAUUUGCUGUGGGACGCAUGAAGAACACCAUCGAGGUGCGUAGCUUAAUUGGAAAAGAUACAUUGGUCCAGUCGCUGCCAGAGUUAAAGAAUACCAGGUUUCUAGUUCGCUCCGAAAAGGGCACCAUCUUUGCUGCCGCAUCAUCCGAGCUGUGGUGCAUGCGGCUCGUGGAUAUUCGAACGCAACGAGAGGAAUUGCUGCAGCACCGCAAAUUUCAACUAGCAAUCGAACUAACAGAUAUUUCCGAUGAAGAAAUCGAGGAUAAGGCGCAGAUUGUACGCCAGAUACAUAUGCUGUAUGCCACGGAGUUAUUUACCAACAAAGAAUUCUCGGCAGCCAUGAAGGAGUUCGAGAGAGCCGCCAUCGAUCCGCUCAACGUGAUCCAGCUUUUUCCCAGCUUGCUGCCGGACCCGAAGAGCAGUCUAGAUGCCGCUGUUCCCAUGUCCAGUGUGCCAGUGCUGAAGGAUCAUGAUUUAGAAAAUGCGUACUUGGCACUCAUUGAAUUUCUGGUACAAGCACGUCAACGGGAGAGGGCCAAAUUGCCUGAUAAUAAGACCAAUGAUAAAUCGCUGCUGGCGAUCAUUGACACUACACUGCUUAAGUGCUAUCUGCAGACAAAUGAUGCACUCAUUGCCCCCCUGCUGCGACUUAAUCAAUGCCACCUGGAGGAGUCGGAAAAAAUGCUCAAGCGACAUAAUAAGUUAAACGAGCUGAUUAUUCUCUACGGUGGCAAGGGAAAGCACAAGAAAGCUCUAACGCUCCUGAAGGAGCAGGCAAACAUUGAGGGAUCUGUGUUGCAGGGCCGUAAACGUACCAUAAGUUAUCUUCAGGAUCUGAGCGUUGAAAAUUUGCCGCUAAUCUUUGAAUUUGCCGACUGGGUAUUAACACAAAAUCCAGAUGAAGGUCUUAAAAUAUUCACCGAUGAAUUGAUUGCAGUCGAGGCACUGCCACGUGCCAAGGUGCUUGACUUUUUAGUGAGUAAGCACAAGGCUUUGGUCAUACCCUAUCUGGAGCAUAUUAUUGAUGUGUGGGGAGACACAAAUACCCUACGCCACAAUGCACUACUGAAGCAGUACAGUGAGCAAGUGCAGCGUCUGCUGGAGCAGCAGAAAGAUGGAAAUGAGACACCCAAAAUGCAGGAAAUGCGCGCCAAGAUGUACAAGAUGCUGGAGGAAUCAAAAUAUUAUUCCCCAGAUCGCGUGUUAGAUGAUUUUCCGUCAACUCUUCUGUUAGAGGAGCGUGCUCUGAUUCUAGGCCGUCUGAAAAAGCAUGCAAAUGUUCUGGCUCUCUACAUACAAGUGAUGGGCGAUGUCGAGAAAGCCAAGGCCUAUGCGGAGGCAAGUUAUGAGGAUGACAAAGAGGUGUUCAAUAUACUGCUCCAGACCAUACUAAGGCCAGUGCAACAACCGCUCUUCGAAGGCAUCACCAUGCACCCUGACUUUCUGAGACCAAACAAAGAAGUUGCACUGGAGUUGCUGAAUACAUACACUGUGAAAAUUGAACCGUCGACGAUAUUGGAAUAUCUGCCCGAUGAUGUUCUCAUGUCCGAACUGAAAAACUAUUUGGAGACGGUGGUGCGCACCCAACUGGCCGAAAGACAUCAACGGCAAGUUAUGCGCGGACUUCUACAAGCGGAGGCAGCACGGUUGCAGGGGGCCAUCGGACACGAGAAGAAAAAGAGCUUCGAAAUGAACGAGCUAACGAUGUGUCCGGUGUGCAAGAAGCGCUUUGCCAAUGAAACCGCCUUCGUCCGCUAUCCGAAUGGUCGAGUGGUGCAUCUGUCCUGUUACGACAGAGCCAUGAAGAAGCCUCAACAAUAAGCCUUUAAUAUUUAUGUGACAUAAUUCCAGAUAUACGCAAGUCUCUUCAAGUAAUCAUAAAACAUAUUUAUACAUACAUUUUUAUGCUAAGCUUACGAUAAUGUAACCUUUUCUUAAUCGAAAACUUAAAAAAAUUGUACAGCUAUAGCCAGUGAGUUAAACUUUAAGCAAAAUUAUAGAUAAUAAUAAAUGUUUAGUCUACUGAGAAAAAAGAAUGAAGAUAAUUCAACCAAAUUAGCUUUUUCAUAUAACUGCUUUUUUACGAUAAAAAUGUCGAUAUUAAUUUAAAGAAACAAAAAACUAUGUACUAUGGUUAUUACCGAUAAAAUAUAUUAUUCAAAAUAAAAA